UUGACCUGUAAUCCUGCCUCCCCAAGAAUGAGCAGCAUUUUUUCUCAAAUGGACUCUCAAAUGGAGGAAGGAUCCGUUCAGAGAAGGGGCAGCAAAGCCUAUCAGAUCUUUCCUGAAGCCAACAUCAAUGAAGACACAGAUUAUCAAGAAGAUUUUCUCUAUCGGAGGGAGCGCCUUCCCUCCAUUGUUGUAGAACCCAUUGAAUACAGCGACCAAGAGAGUGGAGAGGGGUGCUGGCCUCGUCAGUGUCUGAUUACCAACAAAGUCGGUAAGGCGCAGGAGGGCGCGGAAGACAGCUGUGUUGACCACAUGGAGGGAUCUGGGGAUGAAGAGCAUCAGGAAGGCAUGCAAGAAAGCUUGGUUUCCCAGAAGUCAUCAAUGGGACCGUCACAGAGUCAGCUGUCUGUAUUUCGACUGACACCGCCGGCCUCCCCUACAACCCCUGAAGCUUUCCCGCCGUGUCUGAGGAGCUGAACCAUCGCAUCCGCAUUAUCCUCUGCAAUCUUCUUGAACUGAAUUUUACAAUUGCACAGUGUGUUCUCUGCAUUUGUUACAUUCGCUGUGAGAGAGGGACCCUUUGGGAGGCCUAACACGAUCACAUAUGCAUACAUAUCUGGGUUAAAGAACCCAUUUAUAUUAGAUAUUGUGAUAAGAUACUGCACAACUAAGCUGCUUCCAAGACUGCAGUUUUUAGUCUAAAUGAAACUGUUGCACUUUAUUUCCAAUUUGUCUAACAGAGUAGACUGCAGAUUCCCAGAGUCCCACAGUAAUCUGUAGGAUAUCUCAGAGUGAUUCUGUUUGAGACAAAUCUAAUCCAGCCAUAAGUUUACUUUUUCCUUUACAUUAUAUGUGGUGUCAUAAAUGCAAAUGGGAUUUAACUUACAUUCAACUCCAGACUGCAAGACUACAACAUUUUCCAGGAACAUACUUAUCCAUUUUGGAGUUCUACAUUUAUCCAACAUUUUGUUCCACGGUUGAAAAAAUGCAUCAACCCAGCAAAAUAUGUCUUAGAUACUAUUUUCCUUCUGCUAAAGCUUUCUGUCCAAGUUAAACGUUGAGAGCGAGAAUGGGGUCUCCUUUACUCAAUGGAAUUUCAAAUAUUAUAUUUGCUUUUUGUUUGUCCCACUAUUGGCAAAUUAUAGAUUUGGUUAAAGAAUAUUUCAGUUUAACGGUGUGACAUGAACUGGCCCACAAGUUGGAAUUGAAGGCAUAUAGAAUUUUCUUUAUUAAGUACUCAAGCUCAGAAAAGUCCCUUUGUCCAGUAAGGUCUCCCAUAAAAUCAUAAUUGGGUGGCCGUGUCGAGAACAAAUCUUUCUUUUUACCAAAGUUCAACAAUCUAAAAUAAUGUACACCAUUUGUGGCGUAUUCUUACAAUCUGUUUCAUAUUCAGUUAUGUGGCUGAGCAACCAAAUUACUGUAUGAUGCUAACGGAACAAAAUGUUGAAUAAAAAUGUUAAACUGAAUUUAGUCUUUCUAUAUUGAAAAUCUGCCAGGUAAAAAAGACUUCUAGUCAAGUCUAAGUCAGCAGAAAGUCAGAGGAGAGCAUCCCCGUUGCAAGUGAAACUUUCCCAUCUUUUCUCACGGCCUUGAAACAGACAUUAGGGUGUAUGGUCUUUAACUGUGUCCCUAAGCCACACAAAGUUUCAUUUUACAUGCCCCAGGUUUCCCACAUCGUAUUUGUUAAACUCCUGGUCUCAUUUCUUGCUUUAUUUUAGAUAUGUGAGGUUUCUUCUUGAUGAUUUAAAAUGGCGUUUUAUUCUUAUUUUGCUGCUAACUUACCUAGGUGGAUGUUGACUGUCUGAAGCAUUUGCCACUGCUGGCUGAUAUGCUUUAUUCAGUGUGAGAGAAUGAAUAUAAAAAUAAACACUGGAAUGAAUUUUUUUUAAUCACACUAUUGAUUUGGAGUAUUUAGAUGGUGAGAAAUGAAUUGGAUAAAUGCAGAGAACUGCAUGAAUCUGUUCCCUGUGCUGCCCAUUUUUAUUAUUUUACUCCUUACGUGAGGUGGAUAUUUUGA